AAAAAAAACAACACAACAACCAACACUUGUUUAAUUAUCACCACAUAACCAAACACAUCUUUUUUAAUUAAUAUUUACAAUUUUGUGACCACAACAAAAAUGGAAGAAGAAUUGAAAGUGAUGGACAAACAAAGACAUGCAAGAGGAGAUGAAGAUUGGAAUCAAGAGGAUGGAGGAGUGGUUGCAGGUGGAGAGAGGAUUUCCAUUGAAGAUCAUGAUGAAGCGACAAGUCAUGAUCAGGAUUUAUCUAGAAAAUCAUUGGACGAUAUUGAACUAAACUCUGAACCUAGACCGUCAAUGGAAAGUUUGGAAGCACCACAUACUAUUGGAAACUAUGCACAAUUGGAUCAGGAAAGUUCAAAGCCGAAACUUGCAAGAAAUCCCUAUAUUUCACUUCUAUUUCAUAAUAAGAGAUUUUUAAUUAUUUGGAUGGCAGGUGUCUUGUCAGGAAUGGGAAAUUACUUUUCAGAAAUUGGUAUUGCUUAUGAAGUGGAAGAACGUACAACUGUUGGAUUUGCCACAAGUGCUGUAUUUCUCUGUAUCUUUUUACCGUCAUGUGUUGCUACUCCAUUCGCAGGUGUAGUUUCUGAUAUUUUCGAUAGACGAAAGGUCUUGAUUGUCUGCAAUGUCCUGAGAGCCAUUCUAGCUUUCGUCCUCAUUGGUGGUUGCUUUAUGGAAAAUAAGGCAGUCCUCUUCUCCUUCUAUUACAUCAUCCUUGCCUUAAUAUUUUUCCUUAAUGCAUUUUAUGAUGCUUCGAGAGGAUGCAUGAUGCCACUCUGUGUCGAUCACAAUGAUUUGGUCGCGUGUAAUGCAUUGGAUAGUUUGACAUGGUUGUUUUGUUCGUAUACAGGUGGUGCCAUUGGUGGAGCUGUGAGAGUUGCAUUUGGAUUGAUUACUUGUUAUGUAUUGAAUGGAGUUUUGUUCUUGAUUGCGUUGGCAUUGUCAAUUGCCUUGUUGUGGUUCCCUGAUUUGAAUCCACCGAAACCAGCCGAUUUCCCAACUAAACCAUUACCAAUGAUGAAACAUUCUGUGAAGGAAUUAAUUGCUGGCUUCAAGUUAUUAUUCAGUGGAAAGGGUUACUUGUUGAGUUUUGUUGUUAUGAAAUUAUUGGGAUCAUCAGUUUGGGCCAGUAUUGAAUUUAUCAAUGUUAAAUUAUCCGAAUUACCAUCAAUGCAAUUAUUUAAUGAUGAAGGAGGAGCCAAGCUCACUAAUACCAUUGCUUACUGUCUAUUUGGCGUUGGAUCAGGUUUAGCUCCAAUGUUAUUCGAAUUAACUUUUGGAAAUCGUAUAAGAAGAUCAGUGAGGAGUGCAUUCUGGACUCGUUUCAUAAUUCUUGGAUCUUUCUUGGUUUUCCCAGCUGCAUUCUUACUCAUGUCUUUCAGUGUCCAUGCCAGUAUGUUUAUUAUUGCUGAAUUCUUUAUUGGAUCAGCAGGAGGUGUCAUGUGGGUUUAUUCCAUGUCAUCAAUCGAACAUUUGACACCUAAUCAUUAUUUGGGAAGAAUUACAGCUUUUGAUAUUUGUUUUGGAUAUGGAAUAGGUCAAGCCAUUGGUGUUUUGAUUCCUUCUCCUUUCUUGUAUGAUAUUUUUGGAAUUUUAACACCACAAUUACUAUGUUUGGUAAUGUUUGUAUUUUCUUGGUUGAUUUUCUGCCUAUUUAUUGUUUGGUUUUAUUUGGCAAAGAAUAUUCACCAACAUCACACUGUUGAAGAGCAUCAUGAAGAAGUAAUGUCGCAUUGAAUUAUUACAAUGAAUUAUCAAAUUGUAAAUAAAAUUAAUGUUUUC